AGUUGGAUUUCCAGUUUCCACUUCUAAUAUUGAUGGUCUCAAAAGUGCAUUUGGAUCCAAGACAUUUUCCAUCACUGAACAAAUCAAGAGCCUCCUCUCCUGUCUCAGAGCAAUACAGACAGCUUAAUAUCAUAUGACCUCAUUUCUGCAAAUUAAAUGAAAAAAGAAUUUUCUCUAGCUUUCCAUGAAGCUCAGCUGUUGCCUGUUAAUUUUGACUGUUAUUGCUGAUCUUUCAAUUGGAUUUACGCUGGAAAAUGUAGCUUUUAACAGGACAGUUGCCUUUGGGCCUUUCAAUACAUCACUUCAUACAGUGUCUCAAGCUGUAGUAAGUUCUCCAGCACACCAUGAUGUCAUAGCCAAAGAGGGGACCGGUGUUUUAAUUGAAUGUAAACUGAACGUCAGCCAGUAUGAAUAUAUUCUUUGGUAUAACUCCAGAGGACACCUGCUUGAACAGAAAGGUGAAGGUGGCCGGUGGAGGAUUGCUGAUAAUUCCCUUAACAUCACAAAGGUCAACUUUGCUGACCGGGGGCGAUACACGUGUGCAGCUGUUAGUCGUAAUGACACCGUGUAUUACACAGUCACCCUGAGAGUCAUCUUCACCUCGGGAGAUAUGAGUAUCUACUACAUGAUCGUGUGCCUCGUUGCCUUUGCCAUCACCCUCAUUCUAAACAUAACCCGUCUGUGCAUGAUGAGCAGUCACCUCCGCAAAACAGAGAAGGCCAUCAAUGAGUUCUUCAGGACGGAAGGAGCUGAGAAGCUUCAAAAGGCUUUUGAGAUAGCCAAGCGUAUCCCCAUCAUUACAUCUGCCAAAACACUAGAGCUGGCCAAAGUCACUCAGUUUAAGACCAUGGAGUUUGCUCGGUACAUUGAAGAGCUUGCCAGGAGCAUUCCCCUUCCGCCUCUGAUCCUUAACUGCAGGGCGUUCAUGGAGGAGAUUUUUGAGGCUGUGCGAGUUGACGAUCCCGAUGAAGUUGGUGAGGAGGAGAAACAGACCCAAGCCCGUGGUACCCAAGGUGCGAUCUACCCCGUCAACCCCGAGAUGAAGCGCAGCAAUUCGCCAGCCGGGGAUUCGGACGAUGGGUCCAUGAAUGAGCAAGGUCAAGAGAUAGCCGUUCAGGUGUCCAUCCACCCCCAGUCAGAAGUGCAGAGCAUUGACACUGUUUCUCACGACAGCUGCCAGUUUGCGCCUUCCGAGGAAGGCACCUGCUGAGUCCAGCAAUGCACCGUUGUGAAGGAAGCACGGGUGACCUUAGAUACUGCGAGAAAGGGGUCUGCAAACAAGCUGCCUUGGUCCCAUAUGCACAAGAGUUUUCCAAAUUUCAGUGCCAAAACUGUUACUGAAAUCUGUAUUUUCUGUCAGUGUUGAUCUAACAAUUUCAAGCCUGUUAGAGAAGGCCGUUUGGAAUACUGUGCAGUGGCUUUUCUUUUUAAAGCAAGCUUGCUAUUCUUAAAAUAUUUACAAAACAGAGUUCUUUGUCCUCGGCUCCUUGGUAGCUUCUGAUACUUCUGAUCGGUAUUAGAAGUGGCCAAGCCGAGCAGUACAACUUGCAAUAAGAUCUUUUCCUUUGUGAACUCUUUCUUCCAUACCAAGUGGAGCCGAAAUUCCUUUGAGUCAGUGGCGUU